UACACCUGCGGCGCGCCGGGGACACGCCGGGGACACGCCGGGGACACGCCGGGGACACGCCAGCGUACACGCCAGGGACACGGCAAGGACACGCCAGGGACACGCCAGGGACACGCCAGGGUACACGCCAGGGACACGGCAAGGACACGCCACCGUCGCACCACGGACACGCGAGGGGCACGGAAAGAGAGAGAGCAAGGCGACGGGACACGGAGCGGAACAUGGCAGGGACACAGUGAGGGACGUGGACACUCGUGGGUGCCCCCGCCACCUCCCCUCCGCCAUGUUGGCGCCCCGCCCGCCCCCGUCACGUGACGAGGCCACGCCGUCACGUGACGAAGCCGCAGCACUUCCGCCCGGAGCGCGGCGCGCCGGCAGUGACCCCCCCCCCCCCCCGCCGUCGCCCGCAGCGGCCAUGGGCGCCCCGAAGCCGCUGAUCCUGCCGUGGCUGCGGGCGCAGCUGGACCGGGGGGGCUACCCGGGCGUGCGCUGGCUGGGGGCCACCCGCUUCCGCGUGCCCUGGAAGCACGGCCUGCGCCACGACGUCGCCCCCGAGGACUUCCAGCUCUUCCAGGACUGGGCCAUCGCCAGCGGGUGCUACCGGCCCGGCGUGGACCCGCCGGCACCGGCCGUCUGGAAGCGCAACUUCCGGGCAGCGCUGAACCGCAAGCCGGGGCUGCGCGUGGUCGAGGACCGCAGCGGCGACGCCGGGGACCCCCACAAGGUCUACGAGUUCCUGCCCGGGGGGCCGGGGGGGGCCGGGGACCCCCCCGAGGUCUACGAGUUCCUGCCCGGGGCGCUGGGGGGGGCCAGCGGCGCUGGGGACCCCCCCGAGACCUAUGAGUUCCUGCCCGGGGUGCCGGGGGGGGCCAGCGGUGCUGGGGACCCCCCCGAGGUCUACGAGUUCCUGCCCGGGGUGCCGGGGGGGGCCGGGCAGCCCCCCAGGGCAGGUGAUGCAGGCCCGGCUGAGCCCCCCGAGGCCUCUGGGGGGGACCUGGAGCUGCUGGAGCCGGAGCUGGACUGCGGCCAGGACUGGGACCUGGACGAAGUCAUGAACAUGCUGGUGCUCGACAGCCCCGAGGAAGACGUCGCCAUCUCGCUGCUCGCCCCAGCCCCCGACGAUGCCCCAGCCCCUUAUUGCCCCUUGACCCCCCCUUGUUGCCCCCAGCCCCCUUUUUAUUGCUCCCUAUUGCCUUUAGAUACCCCCCCGUGCUGCCCCCGGACCCCCUAUUGCCCCCCGGAGGACGCCAUGGGGCUGGGCCCCCCCCCGCAGCCAGGCUGCCCCCUCCCCGACCUGCUCAUCGGGGCGGAUGAGCUGAAGACGGACCUGGAGGUGCGGGUGUACUACCGGGGCCGCGCCGUGCUGCAGACGACGGUGGCGGCGCCGGGGCAGCUGCUGCUGGUGGCACCGGGGACGCCGGGGACGCCGGUGGCACCGGGGACGGUGGCGCUGCCGGAGCCGGCGGUGGCCGACGGGCGCCAGGCGCGGUACACGCGGCGGGUGCUGCGGGGCCUGGGCGCCGGCGUGGGGCUGCGCGCGCGGGGGCCGGGGCUCGAGGGCGCCCGCCUGGGCUGCUGCCGCGUCUUCUGGGGCCGCGGGGGCACCCCGGGGCCCGGCCCCCCCCGCGGCGCCCUGCCCAAGGGCACCUACGGGCCCCUCUACGGCCUCCGGGACUUCGUUAGAGAGCUCAUCGCCUUCAUGGAGGGCGGGGGGGAGUCGCCCCAGUACGAGCUCUGGCUCUGCCUGGGGGAGCCCUGGCCCGAGCCCGGCCACAGCUGGACCCGCAAGCUCAUCAUGGUGCAGGUGGUGCCGGUGGCGCUGCGGCUGCUGCACGAGCUGAGCCGGGCGCAGGGAGCCUCGUCGCUGCGCAGCUCCGAGCUGCAGCUGCAGCUCUCGGCCUCGCUGGGCGAGGGGGGGCUCCUGGGGGCCCUGCGCAGCUGGGACGAGCGCAUGGACAGCCUGCCCUCUGCCUAGGGGGGGGGCCGCACCCCCCCCGGGGCAAGGAGACCCCCCCCCGGGCACGGGGACCCCCCCAGACACAGAGACCCCCCCGUGCUGUGCUGGGACCCCCUGUGCCAUGCUGGGGACCCCCCCCCUGGGGUGCAGAGACCCCCCCCCCCGGGGCACGGGGACACCCUGUGCCUUGCUGGGACCCCCCCCGGGACAUGAGGACCCCCCCCUGCUGUGCUGGGACCCCCCCUGCUGUGCUGGGACCCCCCCAGGGUGAGGAGACCCCCCCCCAGGGUGAGGAGACCCCCCCCCAGGGUGUGGGGACCCCCCUGUGCUGUGCUGGGACCCCCCCCCGGGACACGAGGACCCCCCCGCUGUGCUGGGACCCCCCCCCCCCCCCGGGCACGGAGAACCCCCCCUGGGGCGCAGGGAGCCCCCUCUGCCGUGCCGGGACCCCCCCCGGGGUGCUGGGACCCACAACAGCACAGGGAACACCCCCCCCCACGGCAUGGGGGCCCCCCCACGGCACGGGGGACCCCCCCAUGGCACAGGGGAGCCCCUCAAAGCCUUUCGGGGGGGGGCCGCAACCCCCCCCAAAUAAAGACUUUGGACCCAGG